GCACGUGCGCGUCGCUCCUCUGCUCUCUGCCCUUCACGUCCGUCCACAUCCUUCCAGGUUCCACUCCGCAGCGCAGCGAUGGCCCUGCUCAAGUCCCACAAGGUGAUCUACUGUCUGGGGAACAUCUCUCCAUCCCUGGGUACCCUGUCCACCCGCCACAGCUCAUGGUGGGCCGGAGUGCAGAUGGGCCCCCCCGAUCCCAUCCUGGGGGUGUCCGAGGCCUUCAAGAAAGACACCAACCCCAAGAAAAUGAACCUGGGAGUGGGAGCAUACAGGGACGACCAGGGCAAGCCCUUCGUGCUCAGCUGUGUGCGCAAGGCAGAAAGCAUUAUUGCAGCUAAACAGAUGGACAAGGAGUACCUUCCCAUCACUGGUCUGGGGGAUUUCACCAAGGCCUGUGCCAAACUGGCUUUUGGUGCUGAUAAUGAGGUCAUGAAGAGCGGCAGGAACGUCACCGUUCAAACCAUCUCAGGAACUGGAUCUCUGCGCAUUGGAGCCAACUUUUUGUCUCGAUUCCACGGAGGCCCACGUGACGUGUACCUGCCCAAGCCCUCCUGGGGAAACCACACGCCCAUUUUCAGAGACGCUGGCAUGCAGCUCAAAGGCUACCGAUACUACGACCCCGCCACAUGUGGCUUCGACUUCAACGGAGCUCUGGAGGACAUUUCUAAUAUGCCAGACAAGAGUGUGAUCAUGUUGCACGCUUGUGCCCACAACCCAACCGGUGUGGACCCCAAGGUGGAGCAGUGGAAGGAGAUCGCCAGCGUUGUGAAGCAAAAGAAUCUGCUCGUGUUCUUUGACAUGGCCUAUCAGGGCUUCGCCAGUGGAGACAUCGAUCGUGAUGCCUGGGCUGUGCGCCACUUCAUUGAGGAGGGCCACAACAUCGUGCUCUCCCAGUCCUUCGCCAAGAACAUGGGACUUUACGGUGAGCGUGUGGGAGGCUUCACUGUCGUGUGUAACGAUGCUGAGGAGGCGAAGAGAGUCGAGUCUCAGCUUAAAAUCCUCAUCAGGCCCAUUUACUCCAACCCACCAAUGAACGGUGCCAGAAUUGCUUCAACCAUUCUCAACACACCAGAACUGAACUCACAGUGGCUGGAGGAGGUCCACGGUAUGGCAAACCGCAUCAUUAUGAUGAGAGAAAAGCUGGCAGCCGGACUGAAGAAAGAGGGCUCCUCUCACAACUGGCAGCACGUUAUCGACCAAAUCGGGAUGUUCUGCUUCACAGGCCUCAAACCUGAACAGGUUGCGCGCUUGACAAAGGAGUUUUCCGUGUACAUGACUAAGGACGGCAGAAUCUCCAUGGCGGGCGUGACCUCCGGAAACGUGGGAUACCUGGCAGAGGCGAUCCACGCGGUUACCAAGUAGAGCGGAUCAUACUAGAAGACCUACAAAAUCAAAGCAGCGGUGUGAAUGAGGAGCGCCAUGUGCUACUUACUCUCUGUCUGCUCCAUUCCGCCGUUAGAAAAGAGCUCAAUAUUUACUUAGACUUUUUAUUGAUUGGAUUUCAUCAUGAGUUCAACUUUGUCCCUGUUCAGCAGCUGUUGCUUUUUCCUCUUUUUCUUUAAUAUUUCAAUCUUUUUAUUUAUUGAACUGAACAGGCUCCCCCUGCCAAAUUCCAAAGAAAAAAAAAAGAAAUCUCCCUGUCUCUGAUUGAACUGAUGUCUCAUCUGUGUUUAUUUGUCAUGUGGAAUCAACUGUUGGCUGUGCAUUAGUAUCCUUAAUGUGCACUGCAUCUGCUCUGGGCACACUAGAAACCAUCAGGAGACACUGGGGUCAUGCUAUGCUGUGCGUUAGUUUUACAUGCAAGGCGAGAUCUCCCUCACUUUUUGGAAGCCUCUUGAAAUAGGAGAGUUAUUUGUCUUUUCUUAAUUUGAAUGGUUAAGUUGUAGCACUUUAUAAGCAGCAAAGCACUGUUUGAGUUUCAAAAAUUUGGCUGACACAUUUUGUUUUUAUCAUUAGACCUUACAGGCAUUUGUCAAUCCGGGUAAUCUAUUCACUAUUCAGAUUAAUCUGUGGUAGUUCACCUGAACUAAUCAAUCAUCUGGUAAUUGAGUCUCCUUAUUAUCUCUGUUUGGAAUGUGUCCGUCAAUCUCCCUUGUUAUCAGUACGUUUCCACUAAACCUGCAGGGCAGCAGUCCCCCCGUCAGUCCCUGAAACGAGUCCACAAGCCUGAAGAGUUCAACUCGGUACAAAGAAGUGAUCAAUGACUUCUUCAUCAACACGUUUGCACUCCCAGCUCAUUCACUGAGAUGUGGCAGUGAGUCUGUUGAAUGUGAAUCUGCUCAUGUGUCUGAAACGUCUGGCACUUUGCCUCCAUGCUUUGCAUUCUGUCAUGAAAUAAUAAUGGAUCAUCGGACAUGUACCUUACUGAACAAACAAUAAAUUAUUAUAGAGUAA